GAAUGUAAACCAAAUAUGUACCUAACGUGUCGCGCACAAAGUUGUCUCUGUUUAUCAUCUUAUUAUCACAAGGACACUAAGUGCUAUUCAAGAAACAACUUAUUACCACGCAUCCAGGGAGUUGAGGGAAGUAAAUGUGAAACUGAUGUAAAAUGGAGACAUCCCUUUAAUGACGGUCAUCUCAUUGAAGGCUUUGAGGUUUUCCUGUAUUCUCUUCAAAGUAGAUGGUCGUGGUACCUUGAAGAAAACAUUAAUGUUGGAAACAUCACAGAACAUGCAACAUCGUGUAAAUACCAACCUGGACGAGCCUAUAUAUGGAGAAUUCGGGCUAAAGUGUCAUUAACUAAUCCAACAGAGACUUUUAAUUUGGACGUGGAUUCACCUUCUAUUAUACUUGAUCUUUAUCCUCCUGGGAAGAUAAAUCGUAGAAUGAGUAAUUUCUCUGCAAAUAACGUAUAUUUGAGAUGGGCGGAAGCUGGUCAAAACACCUUCCUCAAUCACUAUGUCGUCACCAUUAAUGGUUAUCAACAACAGACAUUUGGAAGUUUUCCUGAGAUAUACUGGACAAGAUCAUUAACUCCGGGGUCAAUGUACAACGUAACAAUAAUUGCUGUAAGUUAUGGUUAUAGCUCAAGUGGUCCGUGGCAUGGAACUAAGAGAAGCGAAGCCUACAUUGAUUGGAUCGAAACAGAUCAAGCCCAUGAAGAUGCAUAUUCCUACAUGCCUUAUGGUGGCCGAGACGAUGUUUUAAGAGGAGAUGAUGUCAUCACGCCUCAUCUUAAGUCUCCAACAACAAUGUAUGUUGGGGAUGGAUCAGAUGGUGGAUUUAAUUACAUAGUUAUUGGGACUAAUGGAAUAAUAGGACUUGGAGAAGAAUUCAACAGUAUCACAAUACAUGAUAUAAACAGUGCCAAGAUGAAAGAUAGAAGAAUAAUAUGUCCAUUUUGGACAGAUCUAUUGACAGUAGACUCCACUGGAGAUGUUUUUUACAAGACAUAUCAAAGGGGAUUGGACUCCGAAAAUGACCUGUUCAUUGGAAAAGCAAAUGAAAUAGUUCGGCACCAGUUUGGUGAUUUUCCAGAUUUUGAGGCGACAUGGCUUGUCAAGGUGACCUGGGAAAAUAUGACAUUGUUUGGAGAUAAGUCACAGAGAGUGACUUUCCAAAACCUGUUAAUAACAGAUGGUCAGAGUACUUUUACGGUGAUAAAUUAUAUAGAUGUUAAUCUAAAGCCAAUCAAGAAGAAACAAAUUACCAUUGGAUAUCAGUAUAAAAAGGCAUAUAGAAAAAACUCUUUUUCAAACAAAAAUGCAGCUUUCCGAAUGAGCAAAAAUCCAGGAAACAGAGGAGCACGAGGAUUUUGGAUUUAUAAGAUGACAACUGGAAUUCCUCCUAACAAAGAGGAAAGAGAAUGCUUUGAAUGGUAUACACAAAACAAAGAGCGAGACACGUAUACAAAUUUGUCUCCUAUUCUGAAUCUAAUAGAAUGUCCAUGCGAUAGUCGACUGCUAAGAUUCGACCCACGCUAUGCUAUAAGUAGAUUUGAUAGAACAAACCGAGUACUUUGCUAUGCCUCCAUGACAGUUGGAAGGAAUGCUGAUUGUUGUUACAGAAUGCAUGGAUCAAUUGAUAAUUUGAGUACUCUGGAGAGGUUUCUACCCGCCGCAGGUACUCUUUUGGAGUACAACCCAUUCUUUGAACGACAACUUUACAGUAAAUCUGACUUGAAGCCUAGAGAGGCAUGUUGUAGAUCCGGACACUGCCACUGGUACUAUGAAGUUCGUCCAAUCCCACGUUGUUAUUCGAGGUCACCAUUUCAACCUGGAAUAAAUUUUGGUGACCCACACAUUUUGACACUCGACGGUAAAAACUAUACAUUUAAUGGAUUUGGAGAGUAUACAAUGCUGAAAAUAGAUAAAGGAUCAACGCAAUUUCAUUUCCAGGCGAGAACGGAACUAGCUUCUACAGCAAACGGAACGACAAUCAAUGCAACGGUGUUCAGUGCAUUCGUUGCUCAGGACCAUACUGGAUCAAAAGUUCAGAUAGACAUGACUCGGGACAAAAAAAAAAUGAUAAUAAGAGUUAACGAAAAUGAUCUGACAAGGGACUUUGAAAAUGCAAACCACACAUUUCUCACACAAAAUCUAUCUGUUCGCUGGGAAAACCAAACAAUAUCAGCGUCCUUUCUUCAGUCAUCAAUUAUAUUAAAAGUCAGUUUGGGUGUACGCUUCCUUAUUUCGGAGACAGUUGUAGAUAAUGCGUACAAGGGAUCUACGAGAGGUUUAAUGGGAUACUUCGACGGAGAUCUCAACAACGAAUUUAUUCUCCCUAAUGAAACUAAAUUGGAUGAAAAUGCAACAAAAACAGAGAGAGACAUCUUCUACAACUUUGGUCAGCAAUGGCUUGUCGGUGAGGAUUCUUUAUUUAGUUAUGGAAAGGGAUUAACCUAUAAGAAUUUCUCUCACCCUGAGUUUGAACCACUAUUUUUGGACGAGACAGAUAAAGAAAAGUUAGAUGAAGCGAGAAAGAGAUGUGGAAAGAAUCCAUCACAAGCCUGUAUAUUUGAUUUUCUUGCGACUGGGGAUAUUGCACUCGCCGAAUCAUCCGGAACUGAGGAAACGGUAUCGAAAGCUGAUAUCAAGCUUAUUGAGAAUGAAACUCCCAGUAUAUCAGGGAACACAUACAUUCAUGCUGAGGUUGGAAAGUCUGUGGACCUAUGGUUUAAUUACUCCGACGAUGGCAAUCAAAGACCUAAAUAUAAUAUUUUAAAACAACCAGAUGAUUUUUUUUUCAACCAAACGAGUGGAAAAGCCAUAUGGACACCAAGGAAUUUAACUAUGUCAGAAAUAAGCAUUAGUGUAGAAGAUGAAUUAGGAGCCGAGUCACCGUCUCUGGAUGUCUCGAUUGUUUUAUGUGGUGGUUGUUUGCAUGAAGGUCGUUGCGACUACGAAAACAUUAUAUCGACGGAAAACGUUCGAUUUAUUCAGGCAGUGUGUGUCUGCGAAAAGGGUUACUCUGGGGACAGAUGUGAAACAGAUGCAGAUGGCUGUCGUAAUGAUCCGUGUCCUCUGGGAAGAGAAUGCAUUGACCUGACUCCGGAAGACGAGGACACAUUAGGCCGAGGAUACAACUGCUCAGAGUGCCCACCUGGCUUUAUGGAUGUUGGAUCUAAAUGUGAAGAUAUUGAUGAGUGUGGAAACAAUGGCGCAAACAUCUGCAAUCCCGCAUCGGAAGUAUGUGAGAAUACGGAAGGUAGUUUUGUAUGUAACUGCAUCACAGGUUACAGAAAAGAAAAUAACACCUGUACAGAUGUUGACGAAUGCGAUACUGGGAUAUCAGGAUGUGAGAGUAUUUGUCAAAACACUCCAGGGUCAUUCACAUGUCGAUGUCAUCCGGGAUUUUCACUAAAUGAUGACGAUGCUACAUGUAAUAGAACAGAUGAAGCUCCAUGUAAAGAUUUCGACAUACAUUGUGAAUACACCUGUAACUCGACCGGACAAUGCAUCUGUCCUAUUGGUUAUCAACUUCAUGAAAAUGGGAAAAAUUGUACAGAUAUUGAUGAGUGUAGAGUACAACCUUCUGUAUGUCAACAAAACUGUAAAAAUGUAAAUGGGUCCUUCCUGUGUUCCUGUUCGCCAGGGUAUACUCUUAAUGAGGAUAAAACAUCAUGCACAGGGUGUGAAGAACCAAAUUACGGAGAAAAUUGUAGCCAACUAUGUCAAUGUGGUCCCGGUAUGGACAGGUGUGACCCAGUAAGUGGAUGUGUUUGUCUGUCAGGAUGGACAGGGGAGAAUUGUACUGAAGACUUUGAUGAGUGUGAGACCGACCCACCUAUCUGCGGAUCUGAGGUGUGUAAAAACCUGGAGGGGUCCUACCAGUGUAACUGUAAGGAAGGUUUCCAGAGAAAUAAAACCAGCUGUGAAGACAUUGAUGAGUGUUCCGACGAUAGCUUAUAUAACUGUCCAGAAAACACAAGAUGUGAAAACUUGUAUGGAAAUUACACUUGCUCUUGCAUGAAAGGAUUUCAAAGUAAAGAUUCUGUAUGCAAAGAUGUUGAUGAAUGUACUAGUGGUAAUCAUGACUGUCCUCAGCUUUGCAUCAAUACCGUGGGAGGAUUUAAUUGCGAUUGUGAAUUUGGAUAUGACCUCUCUAAUGAUAGAAGAAAUUGUGAAAAACUUGUAGAUAUGUGUAAGCUCUUUCCGGAAUUGAACUGUAGCUACGGCUGUGCAGUGAAAGAGGAAGCGGAUAAAUCAUUUAAAGGAGUCUGUUUCUGUGAAUCUGGAUUCAAACUUGAUCAAGACAACAGCACCUGCAUAGAUAUUAAUGAGUGUAGACUACCUUCUUCAAUAUGUGAGCAUAAUUGUACCAAUAUCCAGGGUUCCUUUGAAUGUGGAUGUAGUACUGGAUACGUACUGCAAAACGAUGGAAGGUCCUGUAAAGUCUGUGUAGAAGGAAGGUAUGGAGAAGAUUGCUUAAAAGACUGUAAAUGUGGCAUAGGAUCUGACGGAUGUGAUCAUGUUACUGGGUGUGUCUGUAAACAGGGUUGGGAGGGAGUGUUGUGUGACAAUGAUAUCGAUGAAUGUAACAGUAGUAGUAGUCCUUGUGUGGACACCAACGAAGACUGUAUCAACACAAUCGGAUCUUACAUGUGUAAAUGUAGGGCUGGAUAUGAGAAAUCAAACAACGCUUGUAUAGACAUCAAUGAGUGUGAAGUCCAAUCUCCAUGUGCUCACAACUGCACAAACACUAAUGGAGGUUAUAACUGUACCUGUCAUGUUGGAUACGAAUUGGUCGAUUCUAGUAACUGCUCAGAUAUUGACGAAUGUCUUGCGUAUAAAUGUCACAACUGCUCUAAUUCGCCCGGAGGCUUUGAUUGUUCAUGCAAUGACGGCUAUUCCUUAAACGUAUCAACUUUUUCAUGUCAUAAUAUCGAUGAAUGCGACGAAGGUAUUCACAACUGCGCAGGUAAUGCUACCUGUCUUGAUACAGAUGGCGGAUAUAAUUGUACAUGUUUGGAAGGAUUUCAAGGAAAUGGAGAAGGCUGCACAGUUUGUGAGGAUUUUACUUUUGGUGUUCAAUGCUCCGGAGUCUGCACAUGUUUUCGUAACAAUACGGGUAUCUGUAAUCACGUGAAUGGGUCGUGUCUGUGUAAAAAUGGGUGGAUGGGUCAGGAUUGUUCACAAGAUGUAAAUGAGUGCGAAGAAAAAAUUAUUGUUUGUAACGAAACCUUAAAUCAGGUUUGUUUCAACUCUGAAGGAUCCGCUAUCUGUGAAUGCCUUUACGGUGGAUUGAAUAUAACUGACUGCAAUGCUCCUUUGCCACCAUUGAAUGAAAGUGACGGGGAAACGAAAGUGAAAGUAGAAAUUGCAUUUGAAGUCGAAUACGAUAAAGAAGAGGUCUUAACGAACUUUGACGGAUGGAUGAUACAUGUUCAAGAAAAGCUCGAAGAUUUCUACAAAAGAAGUAUUCAAGGAUUCAAAAAAGUUUUCGUAUUGUCCAUUCGGUUUGGAAGCAUAAUAGCUGAUCACGAAAUCAUUGCAAAUAACACUGUUUCAAAGACAGUAAAAAAGGAUAUUGCUAAUGGACUGAUGAAUCUUGCAAGAAAUGAAGCAAAUCUGACAUUUUAUAACAAAAGCGUGGUAGUGAAGGAUAUAGUAUUAAAGCACUCGAAUGGAACAGAUGAUAAACAUAUUAAUUCAGAAUCCAGUCCUUGUACAAUUUUCGAUCAAAAAGAGUAUUGUACUAGUGGAGAGAUCUGUACGGACAACUCCGGAGUAGUUGUUUGUGUGAUUAUCCCAGCUGUCCAAAAAGAUUGGACAAUUUACAUCAUUCUUGUUGGAGUCUGUGUUCCAUUAUUGAUUACAAUGAUUGUUCUGCUCAUAAUAUGUGUGUGCCACCAAAGGAAGUCGAAGAAGGAUUCCGGGGAUAUUCAAAGAGCUAGGACGGAUGGAUUUAGCGACGAGUAUUGCACGAUUGGUUCUACUGGAGGAAUUUAUGAUGACUAUAGGAAUCCAAGUUUUAACCAUAAUCCAAUGUAUGACAUUUUAAAACCAUCAGAACAGUUUCGCAUCCAGAGACCAAACAUCAGGAUGAAGAAUUAAACCAUUACACACUGAAUUGUCGACGGAUUUUUCCGUUAUUUCCCGAUCAUGACAAGGAGCACACGGCGGGUGUGACCGGUCGGCAGGGGAUGCUCACUCCUUCAUGGUACCUGAUCCCACCUCUAAUGUUUGCUCUGCUCCUAUUUUGUAUUGUAUAAUGGACCUUUGAGCUUGAAUACUGUUCGUUAUCUCCAUAUAUUUCACCAUGCACGCAUGUGGAUAGUAUAUUACUAGUUAACUUAGUGUUAGUUUAAUUUCAUUUUGGCGAUUUUGUUUAAUAAGUUUUAAUGAUUAAAUUGCGAUAACUAAACAUUUCGCACUACUGACUAAUCAUAUCUGUAUUUUUGCAUUAAAUAAAUGACUUUAAUCGUUAUAUUUCUUACAUGGGUGUAAUUUACAGCAUAGAAAUUUAUUAACUGUAAUAAAGAGCAGAGAAAUUUGUUACCUUUAGUAACAAGAAGAAAACUUCAUAUGUAAAGAGCGGUCUUUUAAAGAAUUGUUUCAAUACAUACUUCCAUCACUUGUGUGUUGGACCUUAACAUUGUUAGAAAGCAUUAUUGUUAGAAAGAAGUAAGAAUAAGUUCUUUCCUUAUCGAAGUAAUGAUUGUUUUGGCCUUUUAGUAUAGAAAAUAAUAAGCUUGAUAUUUAUUUAUCAUUUAUGUAUUUUUGACAUUGAAUUGUAGUGAAAUGAUUUUAGCAGAAAAUUUUAAUAUUUGAUUAUAAUCCUUUAUAAAUAUACAUUUUUAUGGGAAAAUUGUAGUUACUUACUCAGAUAAUAUAAUUUUAUGAUAAAAUAACGAAUUGACGUAAAACAUAUUUGCUUACUUGC